GAAAGCGCUUGUCAUACCGUCGAGGAAAUCGUGGAUGCUUGGGAUCAGAAUCCCAAUUGGAGUUUGGAGAAACGCUACACCUUUUCGUCCUCCAACCCUCAGAUUCCGGGCGAUCGCUUUCUCCAUGGCACCCAAAAGUUCAAUCUCUCAUAUCAUCUUCGACAUGGACGGCCUCUUGCUCGACACAGAGAAGUUUUAUACUGAGGUCCAGGAAAUUAUACUUGCUAGGUAUAAUAAAACUUUUGAUUGGUCCCUCAAGGCAAAGAUGAUGGGAAAGAAGGCAAUAGAAGCUGCUCAUGUCUUUGUUGAAGAGACUGGAAUUAGUGACUCUCUUUCAGCUGAGGACUUUCUUGUGGAAAGAGAGGAGAUGCUACGGAAAUUGUUUCCAACAAGUGAGCUCAUGCCAGGGGCCAGCCGUUUGGUCAAACAUCUUCAUGCAAGUGGAAUACCAAUUUGUGUGGCAACAGGUUCUCACAGACGGCAUUUUGAAUUGAAAACACAAAGACAUGGUGAAGUUUUUUCAUUGAUGCAUCAUGUAGUUCUUGGUGAUGAUCCAGAAGUUAAACAGGGAAAACCAUCUCCAGAUAUAUUCCUUGCAGCUGCCAGAAGAUUUGAGGGUGGUCCGGUAGAUUCACAAAAAAUUCUUGUGUUUGAAGAUGCACCUUCUGGAGUUGGUGCUGCUAAGAAUGCUGGGAUGUAUGCAGUUAUGGUUCCGGAUCCAAGGCUUGAUAUCUCUUUUCACGAAGCUGCAGACCAAGUUCUGAGCUCCCUACUGGAUUUCAAUCCAAAUGAUUGGGGUUUGCCUCCAUUCCCAGACACCACAAUCUAAACUUGCAGAUCCAUCAACACGACAAUUGAUUCAAAGAAGUUCUGGAUUUGGGAUUGCUGUAGAAGAGAGGACAGUCUUGCUAUCCUAUGCAUUGAUUAACACAAACAAAUUGAUGAUUCCUGAAUUGUUGAGAAUUCAACUUAUGUGAGAUUUCGUAUCAGUUUGAUCUUAAUGCUGGGUGACUUUUCUAAAAUGAGGACAUUUUUAUUAUUCAUGAAGGCUAAUAAAUUCAAAGUAAAUAAUAUUUAUAUUUGAUAAUUGGCUGUGAUA